UUGAACUAUUGUUAAAAAUGGUGAACGGAAAUUACGUGCUGUACGGUGACAGACCUUCCUCAGAGUCGGAGAUAGUAGACGACCAUGUUCAUUCACGAGCAAACGACCGCAAGAACAAACGCAAAGCGAAUAGGACAGCAAAUGAACUACAACAUUCUUUGAACCUCGCACAAUUAGACAAUGAGACGGACUCAGUCAAAUAUGAGAAAAAAAUAAAGGAGCCGAGAUUGUUGCGGUACGUGCCGACGUCAGAAGUCGAAGAGAACUUUGUUACGGAAAAGUUCGAGACGUACGAUUUGAAGCCUACGGAGGAGAGACCGAGACGCUACGCAUUCACAAAGAAGGCGAAGAAUCCCGCCGACGGGUCUGUCAACUACGCGUACUCGCGGUCGAGCAGUAGCUGUAGCUCGCCGAACGGCAACCUGCCGACCAUCUCCGAGCACGGGGAGCAGUACGGCACGUACCGCGUGCGCGCCAUGCCCAGCCCCACCGUCAACGACCUCAUCGCCGGCUACGACACCAAACUCGACAAAUAUUUUGCCAAACCCCGGGAUGUCAAACCCUUCUCCGCCAAGGGCUCCCACCCCGAUAGCCUGUACCGGGUACCGGCGGAGAGCGGCGCAGGCGCGAACAAGGUGACGCGCGUGCUGCGCAUGCUUCGAUGGCCGGUCGCGCUGGUAGCUGUGUGCAUCGCUCUGGCUGUGUUCGUCUACUUCCUUAUGCCAGAUAACUUGGAGCCGAGAGUGGGUGAGAACGGGACGUACUGGGAGCCAAUUGUGGCCGGCCAUCGGCCCCACUUCACGGGCACAAGAGACCAACACAAUCGACCCGACAAAAACGAACAUGGUACGAAAACAUCGGAAAUAGAUUUCUACGCCGCUGAAAACGAUAAAAACUUCGAUCGAACUACUGUUGUUACGUCAACAAGACCAAUUCCAAAAAGAACACCGCCCAUACCUCCCGUCUUCCCUACCCAUCUUACUCCUGAAGUCCAAUAUGGCAACGAGAAAGCUGACACCGAUAUCUUAAGGACACCGAAGUUACUGGAGGACGCUGACAACGUUAGCUCCACAGUUAAACCGCAUAUAACUCAAAAACCUGAGAAACCGUUAGCGAUAUACUUUAAAGAUGGCAGUGGAGCAAUCACUACAACUACAGAGGUCAUAACGAGAGCAGAAACAGUAAACGAUUUCACAAAUAUUGAACGUAAACAAAAAACCAAGAUAGUGGAAGAAGAACCACUGCAGCUUCAUCCCGUGUUGCACAAGGACCAUGUGCCGAGGGAAUUUAAAAGCCACGUCCAGGAGGAUCAUCAAAAGCCCUUAAGGCCCUUAAAGUUCAGAGCUCAGAAUGCGCCGCCUGAUAUGCAAGAGUUUUACGUGCGCCACCCCAGUGCUGACGACAUCAACUUCACCUCAGGUCAUUCAAAGUUGUUUGGUAUUUCUAUAGAGGAUGCAGAAAAAAUGAAGUCCACUACACAAAGCUCUCUCUAUAACACUAGAGUGUCCCCCACGCUUCCCACGUGGCGUGACGGAGACGAUACAACUACAAAAAAAUAUCCAUCCAAUAUCUAUUCAGAGGUUCAGUGUCGUUCAACCCGUCUAUCUCUGUGCCGCGGUGUGCUACCAUACGACCUAGCCGGUACUCCAGCGAAGAUUGGACAUACAGAUAUAACAUCAUUGAUGCCUCAGAUUGACUAUUUAGUGGCAGCUAAUUGCAGUGACCGUGUGAGACAUUUCGUAUGUGCUUUGCUCGAGCCUGAAUGCAAUCCUCCUCCAUACCCUCCGAAGAAGCCAUGCUACAGUUUAUGUAAAGCGGUCGUGGACACAUGCGAAGGUCAAAUUCCCAGCGAACUGAUUCCGGCUUUCAACUGCAAGCAGUAUGGUCGUACAAACUGCGUGGCUGCCAAGACACCAUGCUACCCGCGCGAGUUCGCCUGCAGUGAUGGCUCCUGCGUACCCAGAGACUGGAUCUGUGAUGGCACCAAGGAUUGUGCUCUUGGAGAAGAUGAGACCACAUGCAUUCAGUGCGAUCAGAAUGAGUACAGGUGUGGUUCUGGAGGGUGUAUUCUGAAGCGUUGGCUUUGUGACGGCUACUCGGACUGCCCGGACGGUGAGGACGAGCACGUGGACACGUGCGGUGCUCACAGCCACCACGCUAUCGAUGGAGCGCAUGAGGUCGGCAAUGUUCACGGCGUCGAUGCCCACGAGCCGGGGGAAGAGUCCGCGGGCUCGGCACCGGCGCCAGCCAUCAGGAGACCCAACAGAGUGCCCGUGGGAAAAAAAAACCCUAGACAGCGUGCUGGAGAUGAGAGUAGCAAGGAACUCCUUGUAACGAGCGACAGUAAUAAUUCUUAUAAAAGAAAAAACUUCACGCGUCGUCCUUUACCACCCAGACUAUCGCACUACCACCGCGCUCCACACUCUGGUAACGAACAAGAUAAUACCAAGGAUGCCACUACCGAAACCAUUAUAUUGAAAGCUGAAGAGAAAAAACUUGUAGGAGAUAAGGCAUCUCAGAAAACUGUUUCAGACAAUGAGUCAAUUGAAGACGUGAAUAUGGGAGACCUCGGGUUUUUCGAUGAGUUUGAAAAGGAGGGAAAAGAACCUUCACAAAAUCCUCCCGACCAGAAGUCAGCGCAGCGCAUGGUGCCGACACGGUUUGGAGUACCUCCACCCAGCUCAGUAGCUCUGCCGGCAGCUACACAAACUACUCGCUUGGAUAAAUCUACACACAAGUUAGACAGAGUUAUUGAUGGCGCGGCCUUGCUAAGGAAAGCGGUAGCGGAGCAGGCCGCAGAAGCUGCAGAAGAGCAAGGAAACGAGACGUUCGCGUAUGUUGAUAAAGAUGAUGUAGCCGCCGCUCCCCAUAAGUCUGACAUGGGUGCAGUCGCUAUAACUCCUGGAGCUGCUACCGACGACGCUGAAAAAGUGGCACUCGCUGAGGGACCGGCACCGGGGCCGGGAGCAGUGUAUGGUAAAGAUGCGCAGUGGUCUCGCGCGCACGCGUCCCCCUGCCCGAGCGGGGAGCUGCGCUGCGUGGACGGCCGCUGCAUCACGCUGUCGCAGCUCUGCGACGGCACCAUCGACUGCAGUGACCAUGCCGAUGAAGACAACUGCUACACGUGAUUCAACACCCGCGCUUUAGGUGUAAGGCAGGCAGUGAGCGUACCUCACUACAGCGCUGUCGUUAUUAGUCCAUUGACUGACGAAUGCCGAUGACUGAAAAAUUCUGAAACACAAAUUGGUAACAAACGUGUAAAAUACUGGUUUUCAUGUCAAGGACAAUAUUACAGCCUACUACCUGUCGAAGUUUGUAGAAUUACUGACUCGGCGUAGUCUGAUAGUCAUCGCUUUUCUGAAAAAUACCGUCUAGGCAUUGGGAAAAUACGAUAACACAGGCAUGACACGCGUGUAACGUCGUCUUUAAGUUAUGUUAUACAAUAGUAUACGCUGUGAUAAAGCAAUGCAUGAUUACGGUUGACUAGCCUGAACCCGGCUGGCUAGAAUAGUUUCGCUCGUAUUGCCGUCCAUUUAGAUCUUAUUAAGUACCUGUGGAGAAAAUUUCGUAAUGUGUUUAGAACUUAGUGUAAGGCAUUGUUCUACGUAAAAUAAUGUAACGGUUUACAAAUGUCCGUCAUUUAAGAUAAGAAUAAGUUGACCUUGGGAUUAAAUCUACUACAAAAUAUUUUGUAAUCCAUAUGUAAGUAUCCUUUUACUUAGAAUUUGGAAAACAUUCUGAAUAGCUUCGGGUUUUCAUAAUUGGGUAAUUUUGUUGCUUCGUAUCCGUUCAAUGGGGAUCAAUAUUAUUCAUUAGGAUUUUAUUAUUUGUAUUGUAAAUAUUUAAAUUAGAUACUUACCUAGUUGUUAAAAAACUUCCAUGAUAUCAUUAUACUUGCAUCAUUUCAAACUUUAUAAUUAAGUUCAUCAACACAUUUGCUUUUUCAUUUAAUGAAUAGUAGUACGCAUUUGUAAAUAGGACUCACGGUGAAUUAUUUAUAUUGAUAAGUAUUUAUAUGAAAGUAAAGUGUAGGUAUUGAUUAGAGUUUUAUAAAAGUUAAUGUAUUGUUAUUUUAUGCCGUUCGUUGCGCCAGGGUCACAAGUGCAUUUGCACCUCAAUGCUGCGUGCAUCGAUCCUCAAAAUGUUGAUAACGGACCUAAAGUUCUUUGCUUUACGGUUCAAGUUGACAAACACAAUCUUUGUUUGGCUUUUUUUUUAAUGCAAAAAGAACUGGAUAAUAAAUUAAAUUUGCUAUAGUCAUAAGUCGACAAUUCUUAUAAUCUUUAGUUUGUAACUCUGUAAUUAUACGUUAAAAGCCUCAAUAACGAAUUUAAAUAUAUUUUACUGUAUUAUGUUUGAUCAUUAAAUAACGUAAAUUAGAAGCUGAUCAACCUUUCCGUCCAUUUUUGAUCUUCUUUAUUAGACUGGAGCUGAAUUUUAUAAUUAGUAACGGUUUCAAAGGAAUUUACAAAAAUGUGUAGUUACGGGAAUACUUACCUACUCACAAGUUUAUGUCGUAUCUACUACAACUUUUCUCCAACUAAGCAUGUUGUCUUAAUUGAAUAAUGUUAAUUUUACAGUUCAGUACCCAUUUGUUCGGACUGAAUAUGGUGUAUACCUACAGCAUAAUACGAUUACGAUUAAUAUUAUUGCUAAGUUCUCCGUCCAUAAACUAAUAUGUAGGUAAUGUAGGUUAAUAAUAAGUUAAUUGCUUCGUAUCGUCCAAAGUAAUGUCAUAAUAAACCUUUACUGCCCAAUAACACGAGGGGUUUUUCUAUACUUACACUGUAUUUAACAUUUUUUGUUUAUUCUAAGGAUUAAUUUGUAAAUCAGUUACGUAUUUAUCUAUUGUUUUUUACCUUUUAAAAAAUAUUUCGGAUUACGAUGUAAGUUAUCAUUUUUAUGAUAAUAAAUACUAUGCCAUGUUAUAA